GGAGUUUCACACUUCGUCUUGUUUAAAAUUAAAUAAGGAGCGCGCGGAAACGACGCGGAGGAUAGCGGUGGCCAAGAAACAUCUGGAUUAUAUUUCACCGGUCUACACAUGAGCAGCAGAUUAACUUGAUGAGGUCGAGUAAGACGAUGAAAGAGGAGUGACCACUUCAUCCUCCUCUUGCUGCACUUUAUCUCAGGACCAGUGAGGCUGAAGAGGAGUCCUUCAGCCCGCCUCAUUUGCCACCAUUUCAUCUGAGUUGGUCCCCAGACGUGUUUCAAAACUGUUUCUCCAACGCUUUUUCCAGAAACUUAGACUGUUCUCUAAAGCAGAAGCUGCACAGCCCUCCCAGACUGAGGUGAUGGGAAGCGUGCGAGCCAGCCGCUACAGCAUUGUGUCAUCAGAGGAGGACGGCAUGAAGCUUGCCACUAUGGCAGUGCCCAACGGCUACGGCAAGAGCAAGGUGCACACGCGGCACCAGCCGCAGAGCAGAUUUGUAAAGAAAGACGGUCACUGCAAUGUGCAAUUCAUCAACGUGAGCGAGAAAGGUCAGCGGUACUUGGCCGACAUCUUCACGACGUGCGUGGACAUCCGCUGGAGAUGGAUGUUCAUCAUCUUCUGCCUCGCCUUUCUGCUGUCAUGGCUGUUCUUCGGCUGCGUCUUCUGGCUAGUUGCCAGAGUCCACGGGGACUUAGGCAAUAACGCCCAGAAGUGUGUCUCCAAUGUGAGCAGCUUCACCGCUGCCUUCUUGUUCUCCAUUGAGACUCAAACAACUAUUGGUUACGGCUACAGAUACGUGACAGACGAGUGCCCUGUUGCUAUGUUCAUGGUGGUUUUCCAAAGCAUUGUGGGUUGCAUUAUUGACGCUUUUAUUAUUGGCGCCGUUAUGGCAAAAAUGGCAAAGCCCAAGAAGAGGAAUGAAACUUUGGUUUUCAGCCAUAAUGCCACAGUGGCCAUGAGGGACAACAAGCUCUGCCUGAUGUGGCGUGUUGGCAAUUUAAGGAAGAGCCACCUGGUUGAGGCACAUGUGCGGGCGCAGCUUCUAAAAUCCCGUACAACGGCAGAGGGGGAGUACAUCCCCCUUGACCAGAUGGACAUAGAUGUGGGCUUUGACAGCGGAGUCGACCGUAUCUUCCUGGUCUCACCAAUCACCAUUGUCCACGAGAUUGACGAGGACAGCCCCUUCUACAACAUGAGCAAACAGGACCUAGAUAACUCAGAGUUUGAAAUUGUGGUCAUUCUGGAGGGCAUGGUCGAGGCGACGGCCAUGACCACGCAGUGCCGCAGCUCCUACGUUUCCAGUGAGAUCCUCUGGGGCCACCGGUUCGAGCCUGUGCUCUUCGAGGAGAAGAACUACUACAAGGUAGACUACUCCCGCUUCCAUAAGACAUACGAGGUGCCAAGCACCCCUCUGUGCAGCGCCAGAGACUUUGCAGAAAAAAAAUUCAUUCUCUCAAACUCCAACUCUUUCUGCUAUGAAAACGAGAUUGCGCUGGAGAACAAAGAGGACACAGACGAGGGAAACGGGGGCAGCGUUGGGCCUGAUGGCACCCAGACAGACAACAUCUCAGAGACUGAGCACAGCCAAGCCACUGUGCCACUUGAGCCGCGGCCUCUGAGACGAGAGUCAGAAAUAUGACUGUUAACACCUCAAA